AUGGGAAGUACCACAUCCACGAAGCAAGAAAUGCAGCACAUCACCUCACAUCUCCCCAAGAAACUUAUUCCCAAGGACACAUUUUUGAGGACUCAACGAGCAUGUUGGGUAUCUACUCUGUUCACAGGGGACCCAAGGAUGAAAAAUAGCAUUGUCAUUGCCCUCAAGGAGCUUUUUGUCAUUAAAACUCUCAAAGAACACAUAAUGAUGGGGAGUUUGAUCAUCGUUCUUACAAAGACCAGUCCUGGGAGAGACCCUGCUGAAAGUAGUAAUUGGGGAUGCUACGGGAACAUCAGAAAUAUCGAUACUCCUGGAGCUUCAUGUUUAAUUGCAAGAAGACGAGGGCUGAAUUUCUGCGGAGUCCGGGCUUCCGAAAGGCUGGCUGAAAUGGACUUGCCGUACGUGCAGAGAUAUCAGCCCACACUGAGGCUAGUUGGCCGAAAAUACUGUUUGGAUCCUGCUGUGAUCGCCGGCAUCCUGUCCCGGGAAUCACAAGGAGGCAAUGUCCUUGUCAGCGGGGGGAACGUAGCCAGUGGAACUGGUUUGGUGCAGCCUGGUGGUAUCCAGCAAAUUCCUACAUAUUGGACCAGUGAAACGCGGGCUAGUCAGGUUUCCGAAAAUCUGAAUAUGAGAAUCAAAGAGAUUCGGAGAAGAUACCCAACGAUCUCUGCUGACCAGUAUCUGAGAGGUGGACUCUGUGCCUACAGUGAAGGACCAGGAUAUGUCAGAAGUAAUCAGGACUUCAGCUGUGACUUUUGCAAUGACGUCCUGGCUCGAGCCAGGUAUUACAAGGGUCAUGGAUUCUAACAUACAGAAAAAUGAGAAGGCUACCUUGUCUGAAUUGAGCAAUUCAUCAUUACUAUGGAAAACAUGAAUGAAGGCAAAAUAUUCAAUAAAGACUGGACAAACAAUGGCUGUAACGUGAAACUGUUUGUUUUGGAUUUCCAUAGUAAGAAGAUAAAUAAAAAUCAGAGGGAAAAUUAUAAUCAGCAUCUGAAAAUUCUCUAAUGAAAUAUGUGUAGGCACUACUGUUCAGUUGGGUUCUAACUUGGGAUUUCAUUGGUAUUAGAAUCUCCUGGUGUGAGCAGCAGCUAGGUAGCACAAUGGAUAGAGAGCCAGGCUUGGAAUCUGGAGGACCUGGGUUCAAAUGUGACCUCAGACACUUCCUAGGUGUGUGACCCUGAACAAGUCACUUAAUUCCAUUUACCUAGCCCUUAUCCUUCUGUCUCAAAAUUGAUACUGACAGAAGGUAAGGA